AUGGCGCAUACAAAUGAAAUAAUCGUCAACGGCGCAUCAGAAAGGUCGAUGCAAUCCCAAUGUGGUAAUUACCAAAUUGUAGGAGCUAGGCAAGAAAGAAAAAUGGAUGAACAGAAAAGUACACAACGAUCAUCCUUUUUCACUAAAAAAACUGCUAUGUUGUUUUUUGUUCUUGCUUACAUCUUUUUAAAGCACCAGGAUGAUGCUCCAAGACAGGGCGUGAAUGCUUCUUUACCACUGUGUAAGGGUGUUGGUAGAAUUUUAGCAAGCAAAGAAAGAGCAACUCCAUCAGGGGGCAAAUUCCAAUUAGGACGGGGAGCUUAUGACAACGGCGUGGAAAUCCAUAGAUACAUCCAACACUACUAUGAGGAUCCUGAAGAAGAUUAUGAGAACCCUGAAGAAGACUAUGAUGAUCCUUACGAAGUUUACGAUGAUCUUUACGAAGCUUACGAUGACCCUUACGGAAAUUAUGCAGACCCUUACGGAAAUGAUGCAGACCCUUACGGAAAUUAUGCGGACCCCUACGGAAAUUAUGCGGACCCUUACGGAAAUUAUGCGGACCCCUACGGAAAUUAUGCGGACCCUUACGGAAAUUAUGCGGACCCUUACGGAAAUUAUGAAGAUGACGAAGAACCAUAUUCUGAUGAAGAGAUUGAAGGAGAAGAUGAGGGAUCGGAAGAAGAAACUGAAGGGGAUUCAUCGGAAGAAGAAUAUGACGCAAUGGAUGUUUCAAAAUAUGAAGAUUGGAACACAUUCAAGCAAAGCUUAGAAGCGGAUUGGGGAAAAUUUGAAAUGAAAUUAUUUAAAGCAAAAGAAACCUGGAUGGAACAAAAAAAUAAAGAACUUUCCAAAUGGCUUAGCUUAGUUCAAAAUAGAUGGAAUAAAUACUGUGAAAUCCCAACAACAGGAGAGGAUCCUGGUAAUUUAAGAAAGCAAGAUUGGAGCAGCUGCGAAUGGAUAAAAUGGUUUAACGCAAAAGUAAAAUGCCCAAUCCAUGCACAAUUGGAAAAAUGGUUGGACGAAAAUCAUUCCAAUUUAUUUAAUAUUCUUGUAAAACAUAUGGCACAAUUUAAGUGCAAGAAAAUCAAAGGGUGGUUAAUGUACCACUGGAAAAUGAACGAAGAGGAUGAUGAUUAUGAAACUUAUGCAGUUAUGCCAACACUGAAAUUUUUAGAUUUGGUGCAGUCUCGAAAAUGGUAUCAUGCCAAUCCUAAUAUAGAUAAACAAAGAAAAGAACUCAUGGAAUGGUUCCUCCUUAAAGAAAAGGAAUAUGUAAAGAAGGAACAGGUGGACUUGUCUCAUUGGGAAAAUAUCAAGCAUUCUUCCAUUAAUUCAAUGAUUACAACAUUUUCUGAAAAGCGCCUAACGGAGAAAGAAUGGAAUAAAUUUCUCAGUGAAAUAAAAUUUUGA